AAUAGCAUGUUGACUGCGUUCGCCGCGCUCACCUUGGCGUCUUCCGCAGCGGCAUGCACCCUUGUGGGGGUUGGCUCCAAAGCGACCAUGGAUGGUUCAGCCCUCGUCGGUACUACCAUGGAUAGCAUGGCGACACCAGUAGACCUUCGCCUUGUCCGAGUGCCGGCGAUGAAUCACUCGGCAGGUGCUCAGCGAGCUGUGUACAACGAUGCCCUCCACCAUGGCUACCCUCGCUUCGUGUCAACUGAACGUGGCCCGGGCUACUUGCCUCUGAAUGGCUCCAACCAAACCAUCACGACACCGUUAGGGUACAUUCCCCAAGUCAACUCGACCUAUGCAUAUUGGGACGGCGACUAUGGCAUGCAGAACGAGGUCCAAUUGAGCAUCGCUGAAUCCACGUGUGCUGCCAGGACGGUUGGGUAUCCUCUGGACAUGCCCAACGGUCGCAACUUGCUGAGCAUCAACGAGCUAUCUCGCAUUGCGUUGGAGCGAUGUGACACGUCCCGCCUCGGCGACGACCAGUUCACGAUCGUCCCCAACACGUUUGUGAUUCGAACGCUCAACUUGACCGACUCGGCCAACUACUUGGCGUCGUCCAACGUGUCGGCACAUGCGUACACGCAAGGGUGGGCAUCACCAGAGGAGCCGUUUGACUUUACAUUGGCCUAUGGGUAUGACGUGUAUACUCCAAACAAGCCGCUGUACAGUGGCCGCCGCAUGUGGAGAGGAUACGAUAUGGUUGCGCCGUCGCUGCAUUUGGAUCCUGACGUUGGCUUCCACGUCAGAGUGCCGACGUAUCCGUUGUCUGUCAAGCCGGAUACACUGAUGACCCCAACCUCGAUCAUGCAGUACUUCAGCGAUUACUACGAGAACACCACGUACGACUUGGCCAAGGGUGUGGCGGCAGGGCCAUUCCACGACCCUGCCCGCUUCGGCCAUGCGCAUCGCCUCGAUGGCAACUGGGAGCGCUCUAUUUCCAUCGCUCGUACAACCCACAGCAUCGUAUUGCAAACGCGACCGAACAUGGCGGAUGCUAUCGGCGGCGUGGCGUGGACGGCUGCCGUGGACCCUGACACGGGUGUGCUGUCGAUUGUGGUCGGUGGAUCGAGCGCUCCAGUUGAAGCGUUUUCUCUGUCCAGUGGGUUCUUACUUGGGUUUUUGUGCGGCACGAUGUCGUUGUCGCUGGUGGUGGCGGUGGUCGCGCUUGUCAGUCGCGUGCGGCAGGAGGUGGCAUCUCCCAAGGCUCCUGCUAGUGUGGAAGAGCAAGGUGAAUCCAAGAGCACCAACGAUGAAGCGGUGGUUGUCGUUGAGCCGGUUGCAGUUGUAUAG